GGCACGCUCGCGGCCCGGCCCCCCCGGGUGCUGCCCCCGAGGCUACUGUGUGCGCGGCGCGCCGGGCCCGUGAGUGGCAGCGGGGGCCGCCGCCAAGUCCCGCCUGUUCCGCUCUCCCUGCUGCAGGCGGCGGCGGGCUGGCUUCCUGCGCGCUGUGCCGCUCCCCCUCCCCCCGGCAGUAGGAGCCGCAGCGGCAGCAGCCCGGGUCCCUGAUCCAUGGCUCUGUGAGAGCAGCACAUGGCGGCCGCAGCUGCCAUGAGCCCCCAACUAAUCCACACAACUCCCCCCUGAACGGCCACCUCCAGCAGCAGCGCCCCCACCGGCUCCACCGCUCCCACCCCGCCCGCAACUCCAGCCACAGCCCAUCGCCCGGCCAGCACCCAGACCCCGCCGCCGGGCCUGCGCUCGCCCGCCGCCGCCGCCGCCCGCCCGGUCCUCGCCAUGGGAGUGCAGGGAUUCCAGGACUACAUCGAGAAGCACUGCCCCAGCGCCGUGGUGCCCGUGGAGCUGCAGAAGCUGGCCCGGGGCAGCCUCGUGGGUGGGGGCCGCCAGCGGCCCCCUCAGACCCCGCUGCGCCUCCUCAUCGACGCCGACAACUGCCUGCACCGGCUCUACGGCGGCUUCUACACGGACUGGGUGAGCGGCGGGCAGUGGAACCACAUGCUGGGCUACCUGGCGGCGCUGGCCAAGGCCUGCUUCAACGGCAACAUCGAGCUCUUCGUCUUCUUCAACGGGGCCCUGGAGAAGGCCCGGCUCCACGAGUGGGUGAAGCGCCAGGGCAACGAGCGCCAGACCGCGCAGCAGAUCGUCAGCCACGUCCAGAACAAGGGCACCCCGCCGCCCAAAGUCUGGUUCCUGCCGCCCGUCUGCAUGGCGCACUGCAUCCGCCUGGCCCUCAUCCGCUUCCACAUCAAGGUUGCACAGAGCAUUGAGGAUCACCAUCAAGAAGUAAUCGCUUUCUGCAGAGAAAAAGGUUUCCAUGGUUUGGUUGCAUAUGACUCCGAUUAUGCAUUGUGCAACAUCCCUUACUAUUUCAGUGCCCAUGCCCUAAAACUGAGCCGUAAUGGGAAAAGUCUCACAACAAGCCAAUAUCUGAUGCAUGAAGUUGCCAAGCAACUGGACCUGAAUCCAAACCGCUUUCCUAUUUUUGCUGCUCUGUUAGGUAAUCACAUUCUUCCUGAUGAAGAUUUGGCUUCCUUUCAUUGGAGUUUACUUGGUCCAGAACAUCCACUAGCCUCACUUAAGGUACGUGCACACCAGUUAGUUUUACCACCUUGUGAUGUAGUGAUCAAGGCUGUAGCUGACUACGUCCGCAAUAUUCAGGACACCACUGAUUUGGAUGCCAUAGCAAAAGACGUUUUUCAACAUUCACAGUCUAGAACAGAAGACAAAGUUACUCGAUUUAAGAGAGCAGUUGCAUAUUAUUCAGCAACUAAUAAACCUAUGCCAUUUCAUCCACCACAUUACCUAGCCAGAACAAAUCAGUUUGGGAUGCCUGGGAUAGUGCCACCGUAUGUUCCUUCUCAGAUGCUCAACAUUCCACAGACCUCUCUACAAGCAAAACCUGUGGCCCCACAGAUGUCCAGUCAGGGUGGAGCCCAAGGUCCGGGUCCAUACCCAUAUAAUCUCUCGGAGCCAGCCAUCACCUUGGAAGCAGGUGGGAAAAGUCUUUCUGAGCAGAACAACUACAGUAACAUUCCUCAUGAAGGAAAACAUACUCCAUUGUAUGAACGAUCCUCUCCAAUAAACCCAGCUCAGAGUGGGAGCCCCAAUCAUGUGGAUUCAACCUAUUUUCCUGCCUCUUCUACAUCAUCUUCCUCUGACAAUGAUGAAGGCAAUGGAGGUGCUGUGAAAACAGAUACAGCACAGAGAGUAGCGCUGAAAACUUCCUUGUUCUGCCCUACCAUUGUGCCUUAUCCCUUGCUUGGAGUGAAAAGCCAUGUCAGUGGGAACAAAAUGAGUUGGGAAAAAACAAGAACACAGUCGGAAAACCAAGCACAUGGAGGAGACCCAGGAGACCAAACAAAGGCAGAAGGUUCUUCGACUGCCUCUUCAGGAAGCCAGGCAGCUGAAGUCAAAGGGAAUCAAGCCAGUAGUCCACAAAUCCCAUGUCUGUUGUCAAUGCCCACCAGGAACCAUAUGGAUAUUACCACCCCUCCAUUGCCUCCUGUAGCACCUGAAGUAUUAAGAGUGGCAGAACACAGGCACAAGAAGGGAUUAAUGUAUCCCUACAUCUUUCAUGUCCUAACCAAGGGUGAAAUCAAAAUUGCUGUUUCUAUUGAAGACGAAGCCAACAAAGACCUGCCUCCUGCUGCUCUGCUUUAUAGGCCAGUUCGUCAAUAUGUUUACGGAGUCCUGUUUAGUUUGGCAGAAAGCAGAAAGAAAACUGAAAGACUUGCUUUUAGAAAGAACAGACUUCCACCAGAAUUUUCACCAGUGAUAAUUAAAGAAUGGGCUGCUUACAAAGGAAAAUCUCCCCAGACCCCUGAACUGGUGGAAGCGCUUGCAUUCAGGGAGUGGACCUGUCCCAAUCUGAAGAAGCUGUGGCUGGGAAAAGCAGUAGAGGACAAGAACCGAAGAAUGAGGGCAUUUUUGGCCUGUAUGAGAUCAGAUACACCAGCAAUGCUCAAUCCAGCUAAUGUGCCCACUCAUCUUAUGGUGCUCUGUUGUGUAUUAAGGUAUAUGGUGCAGUGGCCAGGGAUCCGUAUACUUCGUCGCCAGGAACUUGAUGCUUUCCUUUCUCAAGCGUUGUCUCCAAAACUCUAUGAACCUGACCAGCUACAGGAACUUAAGAUUGAGAAUCUGGAUCCCCGAGGAAUUCAGCUGUCUGCUUUGUUUAUGAGUGGUGUGGAUAUGGCACUCUUUGCAAAUGAUGCUUGUGGACAGCCAAUCCCAUGGGAGCACUGCUGUCCAUGGAUGUAUUUUGAUGGGAAACUGUUCCAGACCAAGCUCAUCAAAGCAAGCCGGGAGAAAGUUCCUCUCAUUGACCUCUGUGAUGGUCAGGCUGAGCAGGCUGCCAAGGUUGAAAAGAUGCGUCAGAGCAUCCUAGAAGGAUUAAAUUUCUCCAGGCAGAAUCAUCCACUCCCUUUCCCACCUCCACCUGCCAUGCCUUUCUAUCCAGCUUCUAUGUAUCCUCGGCACUUUGGGCCAGUCCCACCACCUCAGGGCAGGGGGAGAGGUUUUGCUGGAGUCUGUGGCUUUGGAGGCCCUUAUGGGGAAACAGUAGCAACAGGCGCUUACCGGGCCUUCCGGGUGGCAGCAGCAGCAGGACACUCCGGAGCCUUCUCUGGCAAUGACAACAACAGGACUAGCAAGUUUCAGGGCGGAGUCCAACCUAUUCCUUCUCAGGGAGGGAAACUUGAAAUAGCUGGCACUGUCGUCGGCCACUGGGCUGGAAGCAGACGUGGACGUGGUGGGAGAGGGCCAUUUCCUCUACAGGUGGUUUCUGUUGGAGGACCAGCAAGAGGGCGUCCUAGAGGAGUUAUUUCCACUCCAGUGAUAAGAACAUUUGGAAGAGGUGGAAGGUACUAUGGGAGAGGUUAUAAAAACCAGGGAGCAAUUCAGGGCAAACCUCCUUAUGCUGCUUCAGCAGAAGAAGUGGCCAAAGAACUUAAGUCAAAAUCAGAGGAAUCUAAAUCCUCAAUUGUGUCUUCAGAUGGAUCCCUGGCUGAAAAUGGAGUAGUGAAUGAGGAGAAGCCAGCUUCCCAGAUGAAUGGGAAUACAGGAGACGUCAGGGGUUCCAACCAGUCUGAAAGUGCCUUGAGUAAUGACUCUAAAAUGUGCAAUACAAAUCCUCACUUAAAUGCACUAAAUGCAGACAGUGUUUGCCAUAAAGAUGAUACUCUUGAGGCUGCUGUCUUAAAAAAAGAAGAGUAAACUUAUUUUUUAUAGAGGGUGAAGGAUGUUGGGAAGGGUCAGGAUUAGGAAUAUCUGGAAAGAAAGAGAGCCUACAGUUACGUACAUUUUUUCCUUUCCGUAAGAGAAAAAUGAGGACUUUGGAAAUUCGGAUCCCUCUUUGAUGUCAGAGAUUUAAACAACACAUUUUUAGUUUUAACCAGUUGUAGUCAAAAUGCUACAAUAAAACAAAAAAGAAAGAGAAUGAAGAGCAUUUGACUCCCGCACUUAAAAUGAAGUAUACAUAAAGUUUAAACUGGUUAUGACAAAAGCUUGUAGUUUUGUUUCUUGAAAUAUAAGGAAAACAAAUUUUGGCAGUCUUUAAGUAUAUAUAGCUUAAAAUAUAAUUUUUAGUACUUGGCACCAUAUGUAUGCCAUUAUAUUUGAUUUUGCAUUACUGUGUCACAAUAAAGCUUUCUUUAAGGCUUUGAUUUCAUGAUUAUGGGGGAAAAAAGGCACAACCACAGUUUUUCUUUCUUAAAUUUCAUCACUGUUGAUGUGGUUCUUUUGUGUUAAAAUGUGCAAACUAUCGAAACUAAAAAUUAUAGAGUAAUAUUGCAGUUCUGCUGAUUUUAAAUAUACAUCAUACAUACUUUACAAGGAAGUUAAAUGGAGAUAAACUUGAAAUCAUAGAAGAUACAAAUGACCUUUCAAAAUAAACACAAUGUGUUCUGAAACUUUUUGUGACUAAUACCAUGCAUCCGUGAUCAAUGAACUAUGUGGUUUUGAAUCAGACGUAGACCAUUAGUACUACUAUUUGAGCUAAACUUCUGCAUGGUUCAUGAUUUUUAAAGUGUGUAGUUAAUAUUAUGCAUGUUAUUGUCCUCUUUCUUCCAUUCUUACAAGUACUGUGCCCAUUUGCAAAACAAAAAGCUAAUAAUCAGUAAUAGUCCUAUAAAAGAUGUUAACUAUGUUUAGUCAUUGACUGAUCUUGCUCUAACCUUAAAAUUUUGUGAUUAUUGACCUCUGUUGCAUUUAUUCUAAAACUUAAAAAAAAAAAUUAUCUAGCCGUUUUUUGAAUAUCAACGUUACCCUGGUGUACUCAUUGCUGUAUGCAUUAUUGUUCUCUGUUGCUGUUUUAUGCCUUCAUAUUAGCAAAUAUGAAAUUCUGUGAAAAACAAAAAAAACAAAAAAAGCUUUGAUCUUCAAAAAAUACCCCCUUCUGUAGCAGGAAACAAAUGGCUUGUUCUUGAGAACUUUCCCAUCAAGAAUUUAGUAUAAGCAAAUAUACCUGUAUCAUUUUGAUGUUUUUGUUAGUGUUUCCAAACUUAAUGUACUUCAAAAUCAGAAUCAUUUCUUUAUAUUCGUUUUCAUAUAAUUCUCCUGAUGCUCUUCAUCACACAUUAGUGAUCAGAAAUGAGGUGUAAUUCCCCAUUCCCUGCCCGCAAGAGCUAAGUAGGUAUCUUAAUGUAAGUUGAAGGGAGUUCUGCCCCAACUCAUGGAUUGUGCAAGAAUGAACUACUGUUGGGUUUGAUUGGUUGUAGAUGGAUUGUGGUGUGGUGUAUUUGAAGGCUAUUGAAUGCAACUUACAAUGCUUAAUAAAAAUCUUUAUUCUUUUAGUAUAAAA